AUGUAUUCACGGUGUUUGUUAGUGCUAGCAGCCGCCCUCGGCGUGGCUCUUGCUCAGGAAUCCUUUAAAUGCCCGGAUGACUUCGGUUUCUACCCACACCAAGUGUCUUGUGACAAGUAUUGGAAGUGCGACAAUGGCGUCGCGGAACUGAAGACCUGUGGAAAUGGACUUGCUUUUGAUGCGACUGACUCUAAAUACCUCACUGAAAACUGCGACUACCUUCACAACGUCGACUGUGGCGAAAGGACACAACUUGAGCCCCCUAUUUCAACUCCCCACUGCGAGAGGCUGUACGGUAUCUUCCCUGAUGAGAAGUCCUGUGAUGUAUUCUGGAACUGCUGGAAUGGCGAAGCCUCCCGAUACCAAUGCAGCCCUGGUCUUGCUUAUGACAGAGAAGCGCGUGUGUGUAUGUGGGCUGACCAGGUCCCUGAGUGCAGAACUGAGGAGGUUGCUAACGGUUUCUCUUGCCACAUUCCUGGGGAGUCAAGUGUGGUCGGUUCCUUCAGCCGUCACGCUCACCCCGAAGACUGUCGUAAAUAUUACAUCUGUCUUGAGGGAUCCGCCCGGGAGUACGGUUGCCCAAUCGGAACCGUCUUCAAGAUUGGAGAUACUGACGGCACAGGCAACUGUGAAGACCCCGAAGACGUUCCCGGAUGCGAGGACUACUAUGGUGACUUGGAUUUGAAGACAAUCCGCAAGAACGAACUUCUAUCUGGACUCCCGCACGACAGCCAGGCCCGCAACCCACAACCCAACAAGCAGGUUAAGCCCCGUCCCACUAAGGAGAACUAA